AGCCUAUGUGACAUAGCUGCAACAACGGCAUACAGUGCUUUCAGUUUUCAACAGAUAAAAUCUAUUAUUCAGGUUAAAAGAAAAGAAAAAAGUUCAUGACAUGUGAGGUGCAGCUGCAUGUCAGAAAAGUGUGAAAACCAGAAAAGCUUUUCCUGCCUCAUAGCCUCUCACACACUCAUCUGCUGCUGCAGUCUGCUGCACUUUCACACAGCUCAGGCACAAAUGGGUGCCUUCCUCCCAGGCAGCAUGGACAGGGAAGGGGUGCUGGUCCAGUCCAUUUACUUUGGCAGGAUUGGAAGUGAAGAAACGGAGAGGCUGCUGGAGAGGUUUGGACACGAUGGCAGCUUUCUGCUGAGAGACAGCGAGACGGUUCAGGGGGCCUUCUGUCUGUGUGUGAGGAAAACACCAUUCGUGCACACCUACAGGCUCGUACACUCCGCCGACGGCUGGUGUCUCCAGGAUUUGAGAGUCAGACCACAGAGAUUUCGGACCCUGGAAACACUGAUAGAGACCUACAGAAGAUCUACCGCCUCUGAUGUUGGUAUCGUCCCCUUCACGGAUCCACUGGACAAAACACAACUACAGAACAACUUGGAGUUUGUCUACAUGGAGGUGAGCAGCAGCAGCAGCAACGGCUCUGUGUGCUGAUUCCUUCCCGUCUUCAGACUGAUGCUGUAAAUCUGACAGGAAAGCAAGACAACAGAAUCAUGCAGAACGCCGCACACACUGUCUAUCACCUUCUGGAGACUUGAAAGUCAAUGAAACAUGUUUAAAUUUAGUUUAGGUAAGGUCAUUUCUUAGCUAAUGCUGUGUAAAUAUAAUGCACACUAUCUCUGGUUUUAUUUUCAGCAGACUUCUAUAUGUGAUCUGUGGCUGUCUUUAUUUGUAUGUGAGAACGAGUACAUCAGCACCGACACCUUCUUCCCUUAGCGCCUUAGUCUGAAUCUUGUUCCUGUGUGCAUUCUGAUGUUUCACCAUAUUUGGGUGGAGAUAGUUGAUGGAGUUUGGGGUUUUGUGUCAUUAUGGGGAAGUCACUGUUGUGGAGAGGCUAUGUGGUUUAUCUAUGUUUUGACACCAUGAAGCAAAAUGGCCUCGGACUGUAACAACACAAGACACGCAGCAUCGCAGGGAAAGCAGAUCAUACAAACUACUGUGGCCAAACUUCUUUCACCAAUACAACUUUAUUUAUUCAUUUUUCCAAGCCAUGUCUCUUCUGAGACUGACGAUAUCAAAUCUACAAGCUGAUGUUCAGAUCUGUCCAUGAACUCAGAUCUCUGGUAUCAACUGUUCAAAAAUAAAAGAUAAAGGUUGAA